AUGUAUGAUUUCUACAAGAAAUAUGCUUAUGUGGUGGGUUUUCCAGUUAAGAAAAGGAAUUCAAAAAAAGGAGAUGAUGAAGUUGUGAGAUACAUGACGUUGACAUGUAGUCAUGAAGGGGGAAUAAACAGUAAUAGUAGCGGUUCUUUGAAGCCGCAACCCACAGUUAAAAUGGGUUGUAAGGCUAGGAUUUUUGGAUCUUCCGAUACUUUUGGAAAUUGGAGAAUUAAUGCAGUAAACCUCGACCAUAAUCAUGAAACAAGUCCUUCUAAAUCCAGGUUAUAUCGGUGCAACAGACACUUGAGUGCACAUGUGAAACGGCAGCUUCAAGUGAAUGAUUUAGCGGGAAUCCCAUUGCAUAAAAGUUAUAACUCUGUUGUUGUAGAAGCAGAUAGAUAUGAGAACAUGACAUGUAUUGAAAAAGAUUGUCGUAACUACAUAGAACAAGUAAGGUGUUUAAGACUUGGAGAAGGAGAUGCUGUAGCAAUUCAAACUUACUUUUCAAAAGUGCAAGCACAGAGCCCUGGAUUUUUCUUUAGUAUGGAUUUGGACGACGAUUUGCGACUGAGAAAUGUAUUUUGGACAGAUAAUUGGUGUAGGCAGGCAUACAAGGAGUUCGGUGAUGUCGUUAUGUUUGAUACCACUUAUCUAACUAACAAGUAUGACAUGCCGUUCGCCCCUUUUGUCGGAGUAAAUCAUCAUGGACAAUCAACACUGCUUGGAUGUGGUUUGGCAUCCAGCGAAGACACAGGUACUUUUAUAUGGUUGUUCAGGACAUGGCUUGAAUGCAUACACUAUCAUGCUCCACAUGGUAUAAUUACCGAUCAAGAUAGAGCAAUGCAAAAUGCAAUUCAGGUUGUUUUUCCAAAUACGAAACACAGAUUGUGUCUGUGGCACAUUUUAAAGAAGCUACCAGAGAAAUUUGGCUACCAGGUGGAUAAAGGUUCCAUAUUUGGGGAUAUACAUGGUUUGGUAUAUGAUUCACAGUCUACUGGGGAAUUCGAAGACGGUUGGAGAACAAUAAUUGACACAUAUGAGUUGCACGAUAAUGAUUGGUUAUCUGGACUAUACGAGAACAGAGGGCAUUGGGUUCCAUGCUUCUUCAAAACCACUUUUUGGGCGAGUAUGUCAACUACACAAAGAAGUGAAAGUAUGAAUGCAUUCUUCGACGGUUACGUGCAUUCAAAAACCUCGUUGAAGCAGUUCGUCAAACAAUACGAACGUGCUCUUCGGAAUAAGGUUGAAAAGGAAUUUCAAGUUGAUUUUAAGUCAUUCUCGCAGAUGGUACCUUGUGCAACACAAUUAGAAAUGGAGCAACAAUAUCAAUCAGUUUACACCAUCUCUAAAUUUCGUGAAGUUCAAGCAGAAUUCACGGGGAAGGUGUAUUGUGACAUUCAGUCCACUUCGAAAGAUAGUUCCAAAGUGACAUACGAAGUACGAGACACUAUUAUGUGUGAGGGCCAUCGGAGGAAAAAGACGUAUACCGUGUCUUAUGAGAGAGAUGAAUGUGAAAUUAUUUGUAACUGUCACUUGUUCGAGUUUUGGGGAAUACUUUGCAGACAUGCGAUCACAGUGCUGGCACUGAAUGAUGUCACACAUAUUCCGGACAAGUACAUACUACGGAGAUGGAGGAGAGAUGUGCGUAGAGCACACACGAGGGUUGCCGUAAACUACAAUGGGUUGGUUAGUACUUUAGCUCAAAUGAGAUAUGACGAGAUGUCAACUGGUUUUGCGCAGCUAGCAAACCUUGUUGCAGAUGAUGAAAGGCGUUCACGUGCGAUAAUAGAGUGGAUAAAAUGUCAAUGUGAAGAGCUUACGUCUACAAAAUCGAGUAUUGGAAUACGAGUGUUAGCAUAUUGGAUCCAAAGUUGA